UCAUUUAUCUGUGAGUCUAUCUCAGCUUAUUCAAUUUCCUCGAGAAGUAUUCAUUCCUCAAGGAAAGAAGAGAAUGGCUGCAAUCAAUCUCCCCAUCAUCGACAUCUCGAACCCCCAUGACCUCUCCAUGGGAAAAGCCAUGCUCGACGCAGCAGCCAAAUACGGCUUUUUGUAUGUGGCUAGCCAGAGCACUGAAUUUAGUGCUCAGGAUGUGGAGAGAGCGUUUGGAUUGUCGAAGGAUUUCUUUGCAUCUCCGGUUGAGGAGAAAGCUACUUGUCGGAUCACGCCUAGUAAUCGAGGAUGGUCCGGUAUGCAUGUUGAGACACUCGAUCCAGAACAUCAACGGACCGGCGAUUUCAAGGAAGGCAUGAACUUCGGCGAAUUCACCGCCGGCAAAGCUCCCCAACCCCUUCCCCCCUCGUUAUCCCCCCACGAAGCAACCCUCGAUCAUUUCUCCACCCUCUGCCGCAAAACCUGUGAUCAAAUCCUAACCCUCCUAGCCCUGGGCCUAGAGGUAGACCCAACCUUCUUCACAACCCGCCACGACCCCAUCCACGGCCCCUCAGGAUGCACCCUGCGCUUCCUGUACUACCCGUCCCUCACAUCCCCGGCAACAGCGUCCUACAAGCAUGACGAGGAUGUGCGUGCGGGCGCACAUUCGGAUUACGGGAGUAUAACGCUUCUUUUCCAGAGGCCGGGACAGCCGGGGUUGGAGAUACUCACGCCCGAGGGGGAGUGGGCGGGUGUUCCUGUUGAGCCUAAUCAAUCAUCCCAGGGCCAAGGGCAGGGAUUUGCAUUCCCGCCCAUCCUGGUGAAUAUCGGGGACUUACUUAGUUACUGGACGGAUGGGCUGCUGAAGUCGACUGUUCAUCGGGUUGUUUUUCCGUUGUCGGAGCAGAGGGCUGAGAAUGAGAAUGAGCAGAAUCGGUAUAGUAUUGUUUACUUUUGUCAUCCGGUUAACACGACGGAACUUGUCCCCGUGCCGAGUACGAUUGUCGAUGCUCAUCGCGAGGAGCGAAAGGAGAGUCAAGAUGAUAAGGUUGGGUUUGGAGGUGGUGCGGGUUACUUGGUCCCUGGGAAAUGGGCACUGACGGCGAGUGAACACUUACAGGCGCGGUUAGCCGCGACGUAUACUUACUAGAAUUAAGGCUCGAGUCAUUAACGGGAUGGAAUAUCGAAUGAUGUUCA